AUGGCAGCCAUUUCUCAGUUCUUCCAUAACCUCUACACUAUCUCCAUAGUUUUCUUAACCCUUCUUUUCCUUGAACUCCUCAUCCUUCUCCGUUCCAUCUCCGGCGUCCUGGACUUCUCCGGCAACUCUCCGGUGACAGCGGCCCAAUUCUUCAAACUCAUCGAAAGAAAGAACCCAGCUAGCCGGUACAAGGCAGGACUCAAAGAUGAGGUAAAAGAAUGUGCUGUUUGUUUGUCUGUGUUUGAAGAAAGACAGGAGAUUAGGAAAGUCAAGCAAUGUAAUCACACUUUUCACAAACAGUGUCUUGACACGUGGCUACAACAGGAUUGUCCGACAUGUCCGCUUUGCCGGAUUAGUGUGCUGCCGGAGGAGGUUGUGGCUAGGUACAGACGACAGCGGAAUAAUCAAGAAUAUUAUUACGGGAGUGACGAGGAGAUGAUGGUGUUGUUGUCGGCAUUACAUGGUAAUUAUUUGCGGAGAUUAGCUCAUUAA